CUGACAGCGACGCUGACGCGGCUACCCGGACUUUGGAACGGAAGGGCUGUGCUUGUCGCUUCCUGCCUGCCGGUGGGGAGGGCCGCAGUGCCGCCGGGAUGUUACCCUACACCGUGAACUUCAAGGUGUCGGCGCGCACCCUCACCGGGGUGCUCAACGCGCACAACAAGGCGGCGGUAGACUGGGGCUGGCAAGGUUUAAUUGCUUAUGGAUGUCAUUCGCUUGUGGUAGUGAUCGAUUCCAAUACUGCCCAAACUCUGCAAGUUCUAGAAAAACAUAAAGCUGAUAUUGUUAAGGUUAAGUGGGCCCGGGAGAACUACCACCAUCACAUCGGUUCACCGUAUUGUCUGCGCCUGGCUUCUGCCGAUGUCAACGGCAAGAUCAUCGUGUGGGAUGUAGCAGCAGGCAUUGUUCAGUGUGAGAUCCAAGAGCAUGCCAAGCCCAUCCAAGAUGUGCAGUGGCUGUGGAAUCAAGAUGCCUCCCGAGACUUGCUGCUUGCUAUCCACCCACCAAAUUACAUCGUGCUCUGGAAUGCAGACACUGGCACCAAGCUGUGGAAGAAGAGCUAUGCAGAUAACAUCCUUUCGUUUUCCUUUGACCCUUUCGAUCCCUCCCACUUAACUUUACUCACCAGCGAAGGCAUUGUUUUUAUCUCGGACUUCUCUCCAUCCAAGCCUCCCUCAGGCCCUGGGAAGAAAGUGUACAUUUCCAGCCCACACUCCAGCCCAGCUCAUAACAAGCUGGCCACGGCCACGGGAGCCAAGAAGGCUCUUCAUAAAGUAAAGAUUUUAAUCACUCAGGAGAAACCUAGUGCUGAAUUUGUAGCUCUCAAUGACUGCCUCCAGUUGGCCUAUCUGCCUUCCAAAAGGAACCACAUGCUGUUGCUCUACCCCAGGGAGAUUUUAAUCCUUGACCUUGAAGUGAAUCAAACAGUGGGCGUGAUUGCAAUAGAAAGAACUGGAGUUCCCUUUCUGCAGGUUAUACCCUGCUCUCAGCGUGAUGGCCUGUUUUGCCUACAUGAAAAUGGCUGCAUCACCUUGCGUGUCCGGAGGUCUUAUAAUAGCGUCUUUGCUACUUCAAAUGAUGAGCCAGAUCCAGAUCCUGUUCAAGAGCUUACCUAUGACUUGAGAAGCCAGUGUGAUGCAAUCAGGGUGACGAAAACUGUCCGUCCCUUCAGUAUGGUGUGCUGUCCUGUUAAUGAGAAUGCAGCCGCCCUCAUAGUGAGUGACGGCAGGGUCAUGAUAUGGGAACUGAAGUCUGCCGUGUGCAGUCGAAAUGCACGGAACAGCAGUUCCGGUGUGUCUCCUUUAUACUCACCAGUGUCCUUCUGUGGGAUUCCUGUCGGAGCGCUACAGAAUAAGCUCCCAGACCUCUCCCUGGAUAAUAUGAUUGGACAAAGUGCAAUUGCUGGGGAAGAGCAUCCCAAAGGCUCCAUUCUGCAGGAAGUGCACCUCAAAUUCCUGCUGACAGGACUGCUCUCAGGACUCCCAUCUCCUCAGUUUGCCAUCCGGAUGUGCCCACCACUGACCACGAAAAACAUAAAGAUGUAUCAGCCCCUCCUUGCUGUUGGCACAGGCAACGGUUCUGUCCUGGUGUACCACCUCACCAGCGGUCUGCUGCACAAGGAGUUGAGUGUCCACUCGUGUGAAGUCAAGGGUAUUGAAUGGACGAGCUUGACCAGUUUCCUUUCUUUCGCUGCUUCGACCCCAAACAACAUGGGGUUAGUGAGAAAUGAGCUCCAGCUGGUUGAUCUCCCAACAGGGAGGAGCACUGCUUUUCGUGGUGACCGAGGCAAUGAUGAAUCACCCAUUGAAAUGAUCAAAGUAUCUCAUCUGAAGCAGUAUUUAGCAGUCAUUUUCAAAGAUAAGCCCCUGGAAUUAUGGGAUAUUAGAACUUGCACCCUUCUUAGAGAAAUGUCUAAAAGCUUUCCUGCCAUAACUGCACUGGAAUGGUCGCCAUCUCACAACCUGAAGAGCCUAAGAAAGAAACAACUUGCCACCCGGGAGGCGAUGGCCCGCCAGACUGUUGUCUCGGACGCAGAGCUGGGUGCCGUGGAGUCGUCUGUGAUCAGCUUAUUACAGGAAGCAGAAAGUAAGUCUGAACUCAGUCAGAACAUCUCAGCUCGGGAGCAUUUUGUGUUUACUGACAACGAUGGCCAAGUUUAUCAUCUCACUGUUGAAGGGAACUCUGUGAAAGACAGUGCUCGGAUUCCGCCAGACGGUAGUAUGGGCAGCAUUACCUGUAUCGCUUGGAAAGGGGAUACCUUAGUGCUCGGAGAUAUGGAUGGAAAUCUAAACUUCUGGGAUUUGAAAGGCAGAGUAUCCAGAGGAAUACCCACACAUAGAAGUUGGGUGAGGAAGAUUCGUUUUGCCCCUGGCAAAGGAAACCAGAAGCUGAUAGCAAUGUAUAAUGAUGGCGCUGAAGUGUGGGACACUAAAGAGGUGCAGAUGGUGAGCAGUUUAAGAAGUGGAAGAAAUGUGACCUUUCGGAUUUUGGAUGUGGACUGGUGCACAUCAGAUAAGGUGAUCUUGGCAUCUGAUGACGGGUGCAUCAGAGUCCUGGAGAUGUCGAUGAAGUCUACGUGUUUUAGAAUGGAUGAGCAGGAGUUAACAGAGCCUGUGUGGUGCCCAUAUCUCCUUGUUCCAAGGGCCGCCCUUGCCUUGAAAGCCUUCUUACUACACCAGCCUUGGAAUGGCCGAUAUUCUUUGGACAUUUCUCACAUUGAUUAUCCAGAAAAUGAAGAAGUAAAGACUCUCCUUCAAGAACAGUUGAAUGCGCUGUCUAACGACAUAAAGAAACUCCUGCUCGACCCCGAAUUCACCCUCCUGCAGAGGUGCCUUCUUGUUUCCAGGCUCUACGGUGAUGAGUCAGAGCUGCACUUCUGGACAGUGGCGGCCCACUACCUGCACAGCUUGUCCCAAGCCAAGUCUGGAGACGCAGUGGUAACCAAGGAAGGCGCUCCUCAGGACAGGCUGAACAACCCCCUGGACAUCUGCUACGACGUGCUCUGUGAGAACGCCUACUUCCAGAAGUUUCAACUAGAAAGAGUUAAUCUACAGGAAGGAAAACGGUCAACUUAUGAUCACACAAGGAAGUGCACAGACCAGCUGCUACUCUUGGGUCAGACAGACAGAGCUGUGCAGCUGCUGUUGGAAACGAGUGCAGAUAACCAGCACUAUUACUGUGACUCACUGAAAGCUUGCCUGGUCACCACUGUCACCUCUUCAGGCCCUUCUCAGAGCACCAUUAAGCUGGUGGCAACCAAUAUGAUCGCCAAUGGCAAGCUGGCAGAGGGCGUUCAGUUACUCUGCCUGAUAGACAAGGCUGCAGACGCCUGCCGCUACCUGCAGACAUACGGCGAGUGGAAUCGAGCUGCAUGGCUUGCAAAGGUGCGAUUAAAUUCUGAAGAAUGUGCAGAUGUUCUGAAGAGGUGGGUUGACCACCUGUGUUCUCCACAAGUCAAUCAGAAGUCCAAGGCCCUCCUGGUUCUUCUUUCUCUGGGUUGCUUUGUCAGUGUGGCAGAGACACUUCACAGCAUGAGGUACUUCGAUAGAGCGGCCUUGUUUGUGGAAGCCUGUCUCAAGUAUGGUGCAUUUGAAGUCAGCGAGGACACAGAGAAGCUCGUCACUGCUGUCUAUGCAGACUAUGCCCGAAGCCUCAAGAGCCUUGGUUUUAAACAGGGAGCCAUGCAUUUUGCUUCGAAAGCUGGAGUAGCUGGCAGAGAGUUACUGAGUGAGCUUGGAUCCCCCAAGGAAGAACUAACAGAAGGGUGACAUGUUCUGUGCAGGAAAUCCAAUGUUGGAAGCAAGGUGUUGUAGUCAAGGUCAGUGCAGACUGAUGUGAAGACCUGGCCCCUGUUAGUUGUGUCACCGCCUUCUUAAGGCUGCAGGUCCUGGCAGCACUGGAGCCAGGUCUGUGUCCCAUGUGAGCUCAGAACAGUGGGGACCCACAGUGGGAAAGUGUAUGGUGUUCAUACUUUUGGAAAGUGCUUUUAAGAUCCCUGUGACUACUUUUCAAUAUUUGUAACUUAAAAACUCAAGAGAAUGGAUUGCUUUUCUUUCUCAUUUGUUAAUUUAAAGAUGUUUAAAAAAAUCUAUAACAAGAGAUUGUGCAACCGAUGGAUUCUCAGACACGUGCUGUGUGUGCCUAUGUUGAUAGGCAUUUGUUUAAGACAGCAGGGCAGAGCAUUUGAAGACACCUUGAGAACAUAGUGGAUUCAUUGCUUUAGGCAUUGAUGAGUUUUGUAUUUGGGACUCAGUCUUCAUGGGACAUGUCUAAGCUUCACAUUUAGUGUUAGUGGUCUUGGAUGGUCUAAAUUUUAACUCCUAAAAUACAUUCCGGUAACCUCAUUUCUAAAGCCUCUUUUGUACAUUUUUCUGCCUUUGUUUUCUUCAAAUAGAUGUAAUUAUUAUAAAUUAUUGCUCAGAAUUUAAACAUCUGUGACUAUUAAAAUGAUAAAUAAAGGAAAAUC